AUGCCUGCACCACCUCUUCGUCCCAUUUCCCCUGGAGGCACACGAUUCAGCAAAGAACAAUAUUUGGCUUCUCUAUUGGCCUGUCAUCGCAAGAAGGAGCUUCAUGCGGUCUGCAACGAGAGUGGCAUAUCAUAUGGUGCCAGUACAACCAUUUCCUUACUGCAACAACGAAUUCUCAACCAUUGGUACCCAACACCCCACAAAUCUAGCCGGAAAGGCAAUGCUAAUCCAAUUGCCCCUACAAUGCGACCAACUUCAUCGUCAUUUCCAGUGCAUCUUCAAGACAGCUCUUCUCCCGCGAUUCCACUUCUUGCCGACACUUCUCUAUCUUGUCUCGCCGAGGGCCCUGUAACAUCAACAGCAUUAGCAUCAGAUCCAGGUGCAAUACAAGAUACUCUCGAAGAUGAACGUAUUCGAGACGCUAUUCUUCAAAACAUUGAUGCAAACGCGGAGGAAAAUCUCGAUGAUCAUUUCGAGCCCACUGUCCAACGGCAAUCAGAGGAGAUUGGGGAGACUGAAGAUCAGCUUCUCAGGGAGUUUGGAGGCGACAACUCAUCCCUGGUGGAGAAUAUGUUAUCGGUGCCAGUCGAUGAUGAUGAAGAGCAAGACGGCGAAGAUCUGGAUGGCGAGACACCCGGUCUUGAUCUCACAAAUGACACCGACUAUGCACAAUUCCAAACCAAUACCCGAAUCAAUGCAGCUGAGCGAUUUGAGAUGAAUCGGCGAAAGGGUGGGCGGGAAGCUCAGGCUGCUGUCCAACGUGACUGGAAUCGCUGGCAUUCUGAAGCCCUUGCACACGGUCAAGUGCGAGACCAUAUCGUCGAUAACCAUGCACUACUGCUAUAUCUGAAACACACCGCCGAACGUCCUAAGCUUACGAGGAAUGGGAUGGUCAUCCCUCAUACUCGUGUGGGGGCAUCGCAUAUCAAGAAGUGCUAUUUCGGGGUCCUCCGCAUUCGAAAGUUGCAAGAGGCUGCUGAUCCCCAACUCAAGAUAACGCGUCCGUGCGGGGGUGGCCAUAUUAUAGAUACUGUUACAACCUAUAUGGACGAGGCACUCAACUGUGAACGUGCAGGCGACUGUGGCUCUGAAGACGCACCAGAUAUUGUCGCCAACACCAUGUUAUCGUCCGUCUCAGGCGAUGAAUUAGGUCUCAUUCGAAUCGAGCUACUCUCUCAUCGGAACUUGCGACAGGCUGUUUUUGGUUUAUUGGCCUGGAACUGUCAAUUUCAAAGCGGCAACAGAGGCGAUGACUUCCGUGCCCUCAAGCUCUGCGAGCUUCAGCCAUUUAUUUGGCUUCAUCCAAACCGUCGCACGAAUGUUUAUGCGGUGCUUGGUUGCCAAGGGGAAGAGAAGGCUGGUAAACGCGGGAUGAAAACGACCAAGAAUCCAGUCUAUACAACUUUCAUUGCCCAUCGUGACCCAGUUCAAUGUUCACUGGUCUCCAUCGCUAUCUAUUUCCAUUGGCUUUUCGAUUAUUACAAGCUAUGUGAUAAAUUCGAGAUCGACUGGACGCACAAUUCAUCAUGGCGAAAGGUUGUUCAUAUUCUGAUGGCUUAUUCUGUUGUACUAACCGAUUUUCUUUUCCUAAAGUUUCGUGUCCUGUUUGGUAAUGACCCCAAAGCGGCCUAUUCCGAUUCCGCACUAUAUAAUCUGUAUGCGAAGGCAUUCAAGGCUGUCGGCUUUGAGUCGUCGAUGAAGCAACAUCUUCCACGACAUCUACUUUCAUAUCUUCAAGAGGUUCAAGGUGUCGAACAUCAACAAACGGAAAAGUUAGGUUGGGGACGAGGGACGGUAUUCGGAACAACUUACUCCGUUCAAAUACCAAAGCAGGCAGUUCUUGGAUGUGCGGGUUAUAAAGACUUUGAGGCCUAUGACCCAGUCUGGCGGCAUGUACAUGUUCCGCCGGAGUUUCUAACCCAUCUAUAUCCAAUGGCUGAAGAAAUUAUACCCCAAGUCAAGAAUAAACGAAAUCUUAAGGGUGUUACCAAUUUCUGGGAGAUGUCGCAAACUCUCCGCACAUAUUUCUUCCAAGGUGCUGCCGCGAUUUACCAGGUCCUCCCAAAAUCUGCCAUUUUCCGUCUUCCUGCGCUCGACAGACCCGAAGUCAUCCAUUGGAUGAAGAACAUCUAUCCGGCGGAGCUAGCAUCCCUCACAGCAAGUCUGAUGUCAACGCCUGAGGAUCUGGCAGUCAUCGCCGAUUCUGCACUAAAACGCCAUCUCGAACAACAAUCAACGCAUCUAAAUCUUGUCUCACUGCGCACCGAACAACUCGCUGGAGUAAUAGAGAGUAUGAGGGAGGUUAUGAUGCGGAGGACCAACAUACUGUCGCCUUCAAAAGGCUUUCAAGCCAAGACAUAUGCUCGCCGCGUUCAUGAGUCAGCCGCUGCAAAGCCUCUCGCACCACCAGUCUUCACUGGCGCACAGGCUCCACCAAUGCCAGAAGAUGUUACUCCAAUGCCGCACUCGUCGCUCUCUACCGAUUCAACUGAAAGCAAUCACAGUGAAGUCCAGCUCGUGAUGCCAUCUGCAGAAGCCUUUCGUGUUCCUGGUGAAGUCAACCCAGUAUUUCCGCUCACACUGGGAGUCCGUGGUGCAACAUAUCAUGCUCACAUCUUUCCAUUCGUCCAACAGCCGAAGGAUUUAUACAACCUAUGGGGACCGUCGAAGACUCUCAAUCAGUAUAUAUCGGUCAAUGAAGUUUGGACAAUCUACCAUCAUGGCGAACCGGUUGUUAAUGACCUGGGAGUCCAAACUCACAUAAAGCCAUCAUUGCGUGAAGUGGAAGAACAUUUUGCUGCACGAUGGCGUUCAAGUGCGAAGGCCAAGAAGGAAUGGUCACGUUUCAUCGAGAUCUGGGAGUACAUUCGCAAGCAAGCCGCCAAUCGCCAAGUCCCACAUUUGAUAGUUAUUGAAGAGCUGGAGGCGAUCCGCAACAUGUCAAGUCCUCGGAUGGGACUGAAUUCUCUCUAUUUACAUCUGAAGAAGGUUCGGGAGGACAAUGUUUUGGCUAGUCAACCUCAGGCAGCAGUCAAAGUCAAUAUCCCUGAAGUCGCUACUCGGAAACGAAAGGCACCGAUUGAUCCCCGUGGCAAGCAAAAAAAGCAGCACCUCAUGAGUUUGUAG